AUGUCCUCUCCACCCCAAAGACCUCAACGAACCCUCGGCAUCUCCCUCAAAAUAUAUUUCACGCCCCAAGAAACCCUCCGCUACUACCAAUCCCUCCAACCCAUCCUCUCACUCGCACAACAACACAACAUCCACAUCUUCCUCAUCCCCUCCGUCCUCACCCUCCCCCUUCUCCUCCAACAAACCGGUGCCUUAAACUCUACCACCUGGUCCCUAUCCAAACGCGAUCGAGCGCCCAUCACUCUCGGCGCGCAAGACUGCUCGCCUUAUGACAGCGGCGCGUAUACCGGGGCAAUCUCCCCGCGCGAACUGGCGUUGAUGGGAUGUGAGAUGGUGGAAUUGGGCCAUGCGGAGCGACGGAAAUUAUUUAGAGAGACCGAUGAAACUGUCGCGAGGAAAGCGGAGGCGGUGUUGCGGAAUGGGAUGGUACCGUUGGUUUGUAUUGGGGAGCAGAUCGAGGGGAGUGUGGAGAGUGCGAUUGAGGAGUGUACGCCGCAGAUUACGUCUAUCCUUGCGCUGCCGGGUGCAAAGGGGAAGGAGAUUGUGUUUGCGUAUGAACCUGUGUGGGCGAUUGGACAGCCUAGGCCUGCGAGUGCGGAGUAUGUGGUUGGUGUUACGAGGGGUUUGAGGGAGGUUUGUGGGGAGGGGGUGAGGAUUAUAUAUGGAGGGAGUGCUGGGUUGGGGACGUUUGAGGGGAUGAGGGAGGGUGUUGAUGGGUUGUUUUUGGGGAGGUUUGGUCAUGAUAUUGAGUGUGUGAAGGGGGUGAUUGAGGAGAUGGCGAGGUAA